UUUUGAUAGAAGCUUGUCCCUGAAAGACUGAAAAGGAAUAAAGGACAUAAUGACUUCUUUGGAUGAUAAACUACUUGGUGAGAAGCUCCAGUAUUAUUACAGCAGUAGUGAGGGUGAGGAUGAAGACAGUGAGAAAGAAGAUAAAGAAGGGGAGAGCACCAUUCCUGAAAGCGUUGGGGAAGUAGAGCUUAGCAGCGAUGGCAGUGCAGUCAACACAGGUCCCAAAGGAGUCAUUAAUGACUGGCGAAGAUUUAAACAACUGGAAACUGAACAGCGGCAGGAGCAGCGCAGAGAAAUGGAACGACUCAUUAAAAAGUUAUCUAUGACAUGUAGAUCUCACUUAGAUGAAGAGACUGAUAAGCAGAAGCAGAAAGAGCUUCAGGAAAAAAUCAAUGGAAAGAUGACGUUACAAGAAUAUAACAUGAUUCACAAUGAUGAAGAUGAUGAGGAAUUUUUACAGCAAUACAGGAAGCAGCGAAUGGAGGAGAUGAGGCAGCAGUUGUACAGUGGGCAGCAAUUUAAACAGGUUUUUGAGAUUACCAGUGGGGAAGCAUUUUUGGACACAGUUGAUAAAGAGCGUAAGAGCACACUGAUCAUGAUCCAUAUUUAUGAAGAUGAUAUCCCUGGCACCGAAUCCCUGAACGGCUGUAUGAUCUGCCUGGCUGCUGAGUAUCCAACAGUUAAAUUUUGCAGAGUAAAAAGUUCGCUCAUUGGUGCUAGCACUCGCUUUACUAAUAAUGCUUUGCCAGCUUUGCUGAUCUAUAAGGCAGGUGAGCUCAUCGGCAAUUUUGUGCGAAUCACUGACCAGCUUGGAGAAGAUUUUUUUGCUGUAGACCUGGAGGCUUUUCUGCAGGAAUGUGGUUUGCUUCCAGAAAAAGACCUAGUGCUCCUGACUUCUAUACAUAAUCCAUCUGCAUGUUACAGUGAAGACAGUGAUCUGGAAAUAGACUGAACCACUUACACCAAGGGGCCAGUAGGUUUAGUUGUGCUGUGGGAUGUUCUUGUGCUAGGGAUUGUUCUCUUUCUUCCUUAGUGUGGGUAUGUAUUUUUCCCCUUCAUGCACUUUGACUUUUGCUCGUUAAAAAUUUGUUAAAAAUAGUAUCAGGAAUUCCUAACA